AAGGCGAGCAGCAGAGAGGCAGGAGAGGGGGCGUCCAACUUGAACUGAGGGUUUUACAAAGGAAGAGGGGUGUCUCCACAGAGACCGAGUCAAGCCGCUUGAGUCGCACAGUUUUCGCAGGAAAACCAGUAAGAAGCUCAGCUUUUCAGUCCACGCUUUGGAUGCAAAUGGAAGCAACAUGAGUGGAGGCCAAGAGGAGCGAGCACUGACGGACCACGGCCUCCAUCUGAAUGGGACUGCAGCUCUGGGACUGCAGGAUGAGGAGAUUGACGCGGCUCUGUAUGAGUUCAAAGUGUUUAACAUCGUCAUCACUGCCCUGGCCCUGUGCGUCCUCACUAUCACCGGCCUGUACUGCAUCACUGCCUGCUACAAUCGCACAAGGCAGUCAAAGAGGGCUCACGUGUACGAGAAUGCAGUGACUCGAGGCGAGCCAGCGGACCCGGUGGCGGUCAGAGCAGUGAAGAGGUCGACCAGCUUCCUCAACCCUCUCGCCUUCUUCAGGAAAACAGAGGCAGCAAAGGACAACUCCAAGAUCUAUUACAUCUACAGCAACCCACUGCCUGUAGGACUGAAGGAGGAGGAGGAGGAGGGGGGCGGGAAAACAAGCCGGGAUGCAGAGGAGCAAUCUGUGCUGCCUCCGCCUCUGUCGUUUCAAGAGUAUGCCGACGACCCCAACAGUGGCGUCAUCCUGGACCCUCCCAUAUUUUACAUGCAGCUUUAGAGGACAGGAGGGAGAAGAUGUAAUAAAAUUAGAGCACAGUCAGAAAAAUUCCACCCCUAGAAAUGUUUAUCAGAAGUUGUCAUCAUGCGCAGGCCUUUAAAUGGCACUCCAGCAACUUCGCAAUUUAAAUUCAGCUGACUUAUGAAGAGCAUUACUCAGUCAGUAACACAAGCAGUAAAAAGUCAUGCACAGCUCUGGAGGAGUCUGACAAAUUAACGUUGAUUAUGUCACAGCAAUUUGAUUAGAGUUAUCUUAGCAUAGGCCUAAACACAGACUCUAUAAUAAAAGCCUACUAUAUAAACUGGAGGAAGUAAUGAAAGAUGCUAUUACAUUGCAUUGUGGGAAAUCCAGUGUUUCAAAAGUUUGACCCGAUCUGGGGACAUCAGGAUAUAUCGGCUGCAACUAUUACUGCUUUGACUUAUAUUUUUUUUAAAUUUAAUUUUCCAUCUUAAAUCACUAAAGUACCCCUUUCAUAACAAAUAACUUCAUUUUUUGCUUGCAAAGUAAGUGCAAGUAAAUGUAAAACUUUAAGACUGCUGCUGCUAAAGAAAGCUUGUGUUGAAGAGAAAACAAAAAUGUGCAUUUGACUUGAGCAUGCAGCUGCCUUUUUUAAAUUUUUGGGAGAAAAAAAGUGUCUUCUUAUUCUCUAGAAGCACAGCAUGGUUUAAAAGCUCUGCCAGCAGGUUCAGACAGCAGCGAAAUUUUUAUGUAUUUUUCUGGCAAUAUAAAUGAACUUAAUUUGAAAGAUGCUUAAAUGAAAAACAGGAUUAAUACAAUUAUGCAUAAUGAAGCUAAAUAACUGGAUAUGUUUGCAUAUAGAAUGGCAGCAUGCAAAGGCUUAGGGAUAGACAAUAAGUUACGCAUAUUUCUAUUGGUAGAGUUAGAAAAGAGUUAAAUUUAGUCAACUGUGCACAAAGCAUUUUUGAGCUGUUAAAUUGGUGACAAAUUCUUGACAAUGGAGUUAAUGUACAUCCUGAUGGCUUUCAGGACAAUGAUUAGAUAACAUGACCAGUACAGUCCUUUGACCAGUGACAAUAAAAGACCACUUUAAAAGGUC